CUGCUACAGGUGCUUCUGCAGGUCCUCGGCUAAGAUCUUCCUUCAAUUCAAGCGGUCUUCAGACAGCAGCAGUGGUUAAACUUCCUCGGAGAGCAGCUGAAAACAGUGCAGCGCUACUGACACCUCUUACAAUUUGGUGCCAAUACUUGUUUGGUUCAUGUUUCCUUCAUUCACUGGUUGCCUGUGCAAAAGUAAAGAUUAUGUAGCGGGCCCCCAUGUGAACACCAUUUUUGGAAGAAUACUUUUCAACCAUAUCCCACAUACUUGUGGCGAGAUAUCCUAUACUAUUUGGAUUCCCUAUACUUGUUGCGGAGUAAUGCUGGAGGAACCAAAACGGUGUGAGGUUCAAGAACAUCGUCCUGCGUGACCUUCAGUACAUCCUUCCUCAGAUCUUCACCUGGUACAGCAAAAUAUACUCUUCCACCACGAAGAGUAUGGGCAGCAAUGCUCGUGCGGGCUUGAAGCAACUGAGUGAAGGCUUCGAGCGAAAGAAGUUCCGCGGAAAGAUGCGUGGCGUACGUCUGGACAAAUGGUGGCCGGUAGCUUCUGGUAUCGUGGUGAAUGAAGCUCGCGCACAGCUGGGCGAAGCAUGGGUCUUGCUGGGCGAUGAACUCGAUCGCCAGGCGGUGUCACACGCUUUUUGCGAAAUGCGUCAGCAACACUGCCGUGAGCAACAGCGUGCGGCCAAGAGAAGACGAUCGGAUACGGACCUACAGCUCUGGGCCUCGAAGGCUUUGAAGAAAGGCUGUGUGAAGUGGCACAUCAAGACCCUCAAGAAGAAGAUCAGUGGCAAACCCUUUUGCUGUGGACGGCAGAGGCAGGAUCGCUUCUGCAGCUACUGCGGCAAGAUCUUGAUGACUGUGUUGUGAAGAAGACUUGACCCCACCAUGUUCGAAGCAGCCGUUCCUGCCUGGGCAUCAGUUGCCCAGCCCAGGCGUGAAGUUUAUGGCGCGCCAGGGUUUUGGCCCAGGGCUCCCAUGCUCUGCAGCUUUUUGCGAGGGUUCAUUCUAAUCAGUUGCGGGGCGGGGUGAAUUUCGUCUUGUGAGAGCUUUUUUUUUACUGAUCUUCAAGUCGGUGCGUAGCGCCGCGAUCCACUUUCAGCCACAAAGCACGAGUGACGUUCAGCGGCGAUUUUUUGAACAACGAUGUGCUCACACACACACGGUUUCGAGUAUCGAAGCUACGUUGUUUGGACGUGACAUGUACAUAUGGUUUGGUAUGUUCAUGAAAAGCGCAACUGUCCAUGAAACUUAGGACUGCGCCCUCACUUGCCUUGUUAGCCCUCUGCCGUUUGCUGGUGAUAGUUGCGCGCAGGUGGCAGACUUUCGGCCGAGCAAUCGGCCACAGUGAGUCGUAUUUUUGAUGGCGCAUCGCAGACUCUUCGAUUUGCCGCGCCAAGAUUUUCCCAUAUAAGCAGAAGGUAGCAAUCUUCAACCACUGUUUAAGUAUCGAUGACCCCGUGCGCCGAGAGCGGGGGCUGCUGGAGGGGCACCAGAGAGAGAGAGAGAAGUGCGUCGAAAAUGCAGGAGAUGCUAGGCUUAGGGCAGCCACGGUAGUUGUGUUUUAAAUUCUUUUAGGUGUGGAUUGAGGCGGGGUGGGUUGAUGGAAGUUGGUGACGAGUGACACUGUUGCGUUUGUCUGGGGGGGUGUCUCUGCAUGGCAGCAGUUGCCAUCAUGGUGUUUGCGGUUGUGGCACGGGUACUAGGCGUACAAGUGGGUAUGGCUGGUGGAGGGAUUCUGUUUGCAAGCAGCAUCGUGGUGGUUGUGUUUGUACGGGCGUGUGCCUGUACAUGGGUAUGAGUGACUGCAACGAUGGUAGAAGAAGAAUUGCUGGGGAGGUGGCAGGGGUGUCGACGGACAGGGGACUCAUCCUAGCACAGACAGUGGUAGGUUUUAUUUCACCCCGAGGAUUCUUCGUUCAUAGCGAACACCGGAUCUUUCGGGUGCCCCAGUGAAGAAUCCAAGUGUUUCAAACCAAAGCAUUUUAAUAAUGUUCUUUUUGAAAGACUAGAUGAUCCCUUCUUCCUAGAAGUG